AUGGCCGCCACGAUCUUGUCCCCGUCCUCAUCCUCCCCUCGCGGUGACGACGACCGCCACAUCCCCACCGCCCUAGCCCUCCCCGCCGUGACCGCCGUCGUCGCCAUCGCCGUCUGUCGCCUCCCUCCCCAAUGUUGGUCGCCCAACGAGACGAAGACCCUUAUUGACGCCUAUAGGGACAACUGGUGCUCCCUCCCGCGCAACAACCUCCGCUGCGCUGCCCCGGCACGCCCCCGAAGACCGCCGUCCAGUGCCACAAGAUGGAGAAGCUCCGCAAGCGGUACCGCCGCGAGCGGCGGCGUCCGCCUGUAUGCCUCGUCGUGGGCCCACUUCCAGGGGAUGGACUACAUGGAGAAGGGAUUCGGCGGCGAUCCGUUCGCAUCCUCAGAUGGCGAGGUUUUCAGAGAUGGGCUUUUGGGAAGGAAUGAAAUUGGGAAAAGGGCCGGCGAGAGCGUGAAGAGAAAGAAAAUGAAUGGUGGUAGUGGCAGUGAGGUGGCGGCGACAAUUAAAAAACAAAGUAGCUGA